AGUCUACCUACGAACACGAAGCGGUACCCGUCAGUGCGAGUCAACCUCUUCUAUUUUCCAAAGUGGUCUUAUAUUUUACGGGGUGAAAACUAGACAUAACCAGUCAAUAUGGUGUUCCAUUGUCCCGAGUGCGAUUUUACUGCAGACAAGAAGAGUGAAUUACUGAAGCAUCAACGAGUAGAAAAUCAUUGGCGAUGUUUCAGAUGUGACAUUUGCGAUGCAAGAUUUACUCGAAAAGCCAACUUGGAUCGUCAUAUGGAGAAACAUAGAAAAAUGAGCAACGUCCACUGUUCCGAGUGUGGACGUUGUUUUAGUAGACCCGACAAUCUACAACGACAUAGGCUAGAGAAACAUCAAAUUGGGGGUGGAGGACAAAAAAUACCUUCAGAUCAAAAAGCAGACAAUGGCUACAUAAAACGACUGCGUAAAGAUGAUAAUCCCAGGGAUUUUUACGCUAUAUCAAAGAUGAAAGAACAGUGUAUUCCAAAAUUUAGAACGACUGCGUCUGCAUAUAAAUUCACCUUUCAAGAUACUGAAGUAACUGAAGAUGUACUGUCUACUCUCAGAAAAUUAUUUUCAGCGAACUUUGAGGACUUAACAAGAGAAUCCAAGCCAAAGGAUUUAGUCAGACUAACGGUGCAGACUCCCUCGCUGGAUUACCCCAUUGUCAUACCUUUCCUACCAAUAACUCAACUGAAAACAGACAGGUUUAUGGCGGAACUAGAACGAGUUCUGCAGUCCAACGAAGAUUUUGCCAUUGAUGAAACUCUGCUGUUUGAAGUCACUGUAGUCGACAUGCCUGAUGGGGGAACUCGAAAAAGAUGUAAACACGUGAACACAGAGAAAUUUUUACAUGACAAGAGAUGCGUCAUCCAAAUUCAAAAUGAUGAUGACCUCUGCUGUGCUACAGCUAUUGUCACUGCCAAAGCCAAGUUAGAUGGACAUGAAAAAUGGGGGAGUAUAAGAAAUGGUAAUAAAAUACAAAAAGAGAUGGCACGACAACUCCAUGAAGAAACCGGAGUUACGUCCGGAAGAUGCGGGGUGGCAAAAAUAAAGAAAUUUCAAGAUAUUCUACCAGACUGCCAGAUUCAUGUUAUUUCUCAAGAACAUUUCAACAGUAUUAUCUACACUGGACCAGAUACUGAGAAAAACAUAUACUUGUAUUAUCAUGACCAACAUUAUGACGUCAUUACCAGUAUGGCAGCCUUCUUAUAAAGUAGUCACUUCUGUACAAAAUGUAACAAAGGUUAUGACCACCAGGAAGACCAUAAAUGUAACAAUGUGUGUUAUCAUUGUCGAAAAGUACAUGACGAAGCAGAAGAAGACUGGAUUCAUUGUGAAAUAUGUAAUCGAUUCUUUCGUGGACAAGAGUGUUUUAGGCUACAUAAAAAACGACAACAAAGGGGAACUCCACAUGUCAAAAGAUCUAUCGCUGUAGUGGCUGUGACAAGACCGUAAACAGAAAUAUAGAUAAGAAGCACAAGUGUGGACAGAUUUAUUGCAAUACAUGCAGAGAGUUUUACACUAAAGGCCACCAGUGCUAUAUGAUACCGGAAGUUAAAGAACUACAGGAAGAACCGAUGUCCAUCGAAGAAGAACUUGUGGACGAUAUUGAAAACGCUUAAACAUUCAUUUUCUUUGAUUUUGAAUGUACACAGGAUGAUUUGUUACAAUGUGAAAAUGGUUAUACGCCAGACGUUUACGGUGAAUGUCGAAACUGUUUCAAAUCGAGUUGUGGUAGUUACGAACAUAAACCAAAUUUGUGCGUUGCACAGAAAGUAUGUACAUCAUGUAUGGACAAGGACUCUUGUCAUGAGGAGUGUGGUCAGCGUGAGAACAUUUUCCAGGGUCCGACUACGUUAAACGAUUUUUGUGAAUGGUUAUUUUCGGAAGAGAACUAUGAUGGUUCUGUAAUAUGUCACAAUUUUCAAGGGUAUGAUUCAUACCCAAUUCUACAAUACCUGUACAGACACGCCAUGGUACCUAAUAUAAUACCUAAUGGCGCAAAGAUCAUGUGUCUGUCUGUGCAGUCAUGCAAAAUAAUAAUGAUCGAUUCCAUCAAUUUUCUUCCUAUGGCACUCGCUAAAUUACCAUCCAUGUUUGGGUUAAAGGAACUCAAAAAGGGGUAUUUUCCGCAUCUGUUCAACCGGAAGGAAAAUCAAUCGGUAGUACAAGAAAGUUUGCCAGAUAUCACUUUUUAUCACACCGACAGUAUGAAAACGGACGCCAGAGAUCAAUUUAUGAUAUGGUACGAGGACCACAGAAACGAUCACUUUGACUUCCAACAGGAACUCUUAGCCUACUGCAGGUCUGACGUUGACAUUUUGAGACGUUGUUGCUUGAAGUUUAGAGCUGAUUUCAUUGACGUCACUGGCAUUGAUCCUUUUCAAAUAUCUGUUACUAUUGCUUCUGUGUGUAACUUAGUGUUUAGGACCAACUUUCUUCAGCCUGAUACUAUUGCCCUGAUUCCUCACCAUGGUUACCGUCCAGAACCAAAUCAGUCUAUAAAGGCACUUCAGUGGAUUAAGCAUCUGUCACAUAUUGAAGACCACAGAAUCCAGCAUGCAAAAAAUGGUGACGAAAUAGCGAUUGGUCCAUAUUUAGUAGACGGCUAUUAUGAAACGGAGAGUGGUCAAAAGGUGGUCCUGGAGUUCCAUGGCGAUUUCUGGCAUGGAAAUCCAAAUAAAUAUUCUAAGUCAACGGUCAAUCCAGUAAAUCAGAUGACCAUGGGAGAACUUUAUGACAAAACAUUAGAGAAGAAGAAGUACUUGGAAAGUUAAGGUUACAUAUACCGAUCCAUUUGGGAAUCCGAGUUUGAUAAGCAGUUUCAGGAAAAUACUGACAUGCGAUCAUACAUCGAAACUCUAGAUAUGGUCACUCCAUUACAGCCACGUGAUGCAUUUUUCGGAGGACGGACUGAAGCCUAUACUUUGUACAAGGCGGCUUCUGCUACUGAACAUAUCAAUUAUUAUGAUGUCACUUCCCUGUACCCCUGGGUUAACAAAACUGGGAAAAUACCCGUAGGUCACCCCAAUAUUAUCCCGGAAAACUUUGAGGAGUUAGAUGAGUAUGAAGGUCUCAUCAAGUGUAAAGUCAUUCCACCGAAAGGUCUGUUCCAUCCUAUUUUACCAUGCAAGAGCAAUGGAAAGCUUCUUUUUCAUCUCUGUAGAACUUGUGUAGAGACAAUUGAACAGAAAUCGUGUAAUCAUACGGACGAAGAACGUUCUUUCGUAGGCACAUGGGUAACUGAUGAAGUAAAGGUAGCUGUUCAAAAAGGAUAUCGUAUUGUAAAAAUCUAUGAAGUUUGGCAUUUUAAGCAAAUUUCUCAAUAUGAUCCGAAAACAAAGACAGGUGGACUGUUUACAGAAUAUGUCAAUACGUUCCUUAAAUUGAAACAAGAAGCUAGUGGAUGGCCAGACUGGUGUCAAACGCGAGAACAAAAACAGGAAUACAUUGACCUUUACAAGGAGAGAGAGGGUAUUAUGUUAGAAUACAACAAAAUAAAAAAGAAUCCAGGUUUGAGAGCCUUAGCAAAAUUCAUGUUGAACUCCUUUUUGGGUAAAUUUGGUCAAAAAAAAAAACAAUAUGCAACAAGUGGAUAUUGUAGACGAACCUUUGAUUUAUUUUGCCAAAUUGACAUCAGACUAUGAAGAGGUAACUACCAUUAACUUUGUGUCUGAAGAAACCGUAGAAAUGCGGUGGAAAUACAAAGAAGACUUUGUUGAAUCCAGCUCAAAGACCAGUGUCAUCAUUGCUGCUUAUACCACUGCUCAAGCUCGCUUAAAACUGUACUCGUAUUUAGAUGACCUAGGACCACGAGCUCUGUAUGCGGACACAGAUUCCAUUAUUUUUACUACCAAACCAGGAGAAUCAAAGCCUCCACUAGGUGACUAUUUAGGUGAUUUGACGAACGAAGUUCCGUACAAUCAAAUCGAGACUUUUGUUACUGGUGGGCCAAAAAACUAUGGGUACGAAUUAAAGACUGCGGACAGAGAUGGUAACAAAACGCAUUGUAAGAUUAAAGGCAUCACGCUUAACUACAAAAACAAACUCAACGUCAAUUUUAACGUUUUGAAAACCUUUGUGACAGAACGACAGAAUGGCACGGUGUCUGUCGUCGAUGCCCAUAAAAUUACAAGAGACGGAGACAAUAUACAGCUGGUGACCACAUCUGAGCGAAAAGACUACAAACUCGUAUUUGACAAACGUGUCAUUAGAGACAAAUAUGUUUCUUAUCCCUACAGAUUUUAAUUAUGUAGUGAAAAACAAUGACUGCACAUUAACUGUAGAUCUGUUUACUUUGAAUACUCUGUUUGACAUGUAUCUUAAGUUGUCAUAUACAAUUGUGCUAUCAUAUUGAAUUAUGCGUGUAUAUAUUAAAGUGAAUAAAUGUAAUCAAAACUAUAAAGUGGUCCGUUUUAAAUUUUCUGUAGCUUAGAGCAAUAUAGAAUGUUUACAGGAAAAAGUCAAAUAGUCCUGCUACAAAAUAUACCGCUAAGAGGAGAUAUGAGCUUGCACCGUCAUCAUUGGAAAGCACCCGUCUGACUGGUAUCUGAACCAUAAUGUUGAACACUUCCUUGAAUUCUGACAUACCUGCAUGUAUCAGUUACCUG